UCCAUCUCUCGGCGUCGGCGUCACUCGCCACCGUAAUACAUAACAGCAACUAACCACUGCAGCAGCUCCUGCAGCCCCGCGCCAUGAUCCGCCCCACGUGCAGAAACGUGCGCACCGCGCUCCCCAAGACCUGCCCCGUCCACGCUCCUCGUCGCGGCCUCACCUCGAGGACAAUCAUCACCGACAACAAGAACCUCGUCCCCAUCCGCACCAACCUCCGCGGCUCGUCGCUCCUCAACACUCCUAGACUCAACAAGGGCGCUGGCUUCACCCGCGAGGAGCGCGCGGUCUUUGGCCUCGAGGGCUUCCUCCCCUAUGACGUCCACUCGCUCGAGAAGCAGGCCCUCCGCGCCUACAACCAGCUCCUCAAGCAGCCCACCGUCAUCCUGAAGCACGCCUUCCUCGCCUCGCUCCGUGACCAGAACCAGGUCCUCUUCUACCGUCUUCUGCAGGACCACCUCAAGGAGCUCCUUGGCGUGCUCUACACCCCCGGCGCCGCCGAGGCCGUCGAGAACUACUCCAACCUCUUCCGCCGCCCCAUCGGCUGCUUCAUCUCGUACCCCAACCACGAGGGCAUGCGCGCCCAGCUCGAGGCCCACCUCCAGGACGUCAACCGUACCGCCGACGUCGCGUACCACUCCAAGGACAGCAAGGACGCCAUUGACCUUGUUGUUGUGACUGAUGCCGAGGCUAUCCUCGGUAUCGGCGACCAAGGUGUUGGUGGUAUUACCAUCUCCACCUCCAAGGCUGCCCUCUACACCCUCGGUGCCGGUAUCAACCCCAACCGCAUCCUCCCGGUCGUCCUCGACGUCGGUACCGACAACCACGCCCUCUUUGCCGACCCCCUGUACAUGGGCUGGAAGCGUACCCGUCUUAGGGGCAAGAACUACGACAACUUUGUCGACAAGUUCAUCGCCAACUGCCGCGACAUCUUCCCGAAUGCCAUCAUUCACUUCGAGGACUUUGGAAUGACCAACGCCUACCGCUUCAUGGAGAAGUACAAGGACAAGAUCCCCAUGUUCAACGACGACAUCCAGGGCACUGGUGCCGUCACCCUCGCCGGUCUCCUUGCGGCGCUCAAGGUGUCCAACCAGAAGCUCGGUGACCAGCGUAUUGUCAUCUACGGCGCUGGCUCCGCGGGUAUGGGUAUCGCCAACCAGAUCCGUGACGGCCUCGAGAUCCUCGACGGCAAGACAAGACAGGAGGCCAACAAGCACUUCUGGUGUGUCGACCGCAACGGUCUGCUCGUCGAGUCGAUGGGCAACAACCUUCGCCACAGCCAGCAGGGCUACGCCCGUCCCGACGCUGAGAUUGCCAACUGGGAGCUCGAGAACCCCGAGCAGCACGCGGCGUACCUCAUGGACGUGAUCAAGAACGUCAAGCCCACCGUCCUGAUCGGCACCUCCACCUCGAGGCGUGCCUUCAACGAGGACAUUGUCCGCGAGAUGGCCAAGUACGUCGAGCGCCCCAUCAUCUUCCCCAUGUCCAACCCCACCGCCCUCUGCGAGGUCGACCCCGAGGACGCUCUUGCCUGGACCGACGGCAAGGCGCUCGUCGCCACUGGCUCGCCCUUUGCCCCCGUCCCGCUCCCCAACGGCGGCACCUACACUGUUGCGCAGACCAACAACGCGCUCGUCUACCCUGCCCUGUCCCUCGGUGCCAUCCUCGCCCGCUCGAAGACCAUCUCGCCCUCGAUGCUCAUGGCCGCUGUGCACUCGCUCGCCCAGCUGUCGCCUGCGCUCAAGGACCCCGGAGCGUCGCUCCUUCCCGACCUUUCCGAGGUCCGCAACGUCUCGGUCGUCGUCGCCGCCGCCGUCUGUCGCCAGGCCGUUGCGGACAACAACGCCACGGACCAGACGACGAUUGACAUUGUCAACGGCAACCACGACGUGUCGCUCGAGGAGUACAUUAAGAGCCAGAUGUGGGACCCCGUGUACCGCCCUCUUGAGCUCGUCGACUAAACGGCAGUAGGUGGCGCGCUAUGAGCGUCGGUGAGGUGUGGCGACGGUGACGCGCGGUGAUGACCGCGACGACCGCGACGAGUGCGACGAGCAUGGUUGUCUCCACUGUUCUCGCCUUAUUUUAUAGAGAGCCUUGUGCUCAAGGGUUGGCCAACUGGCCACUAGUAUCUUCUUGUAAUGCUUUCCAAUCUGGGCAUCAUGCAUCAUAUGGC